AUGUUCAAGUCAAACCCUUCGAUUGUCGGCAAGAAGCUCUCCCCCAAGUCCAAGGCAUUGCUACGAAAAGCAUCGCAUCAUGCACACAUGGCUCUCUCGCUCAUGUCCGCUAUGUCCACGCCUUCAUCUUCAUAUUUCCUUUGGAAGUCUACAUGGCCCACACCGGGGGACUUCACCACCACAUUGCCUAUUUUCUGGCCGCACGAGAUGGCCGAUCGAUUGCCUGAGUCGAUGCAAGGCCCGCUCCUACGCCAGCGUGAGGAGUUCGAUCGAGAUUGGGAGUUUGUUCAAGAAGCGAUGCAGUUGAUGAAGAAGGAGUGGAGUAAACGCGAAUUCGAGUACUACUGGGCGAUUGUCAAUUCGAGGAGUUUCCACUUUGAUCAGAAGAGUGGAAAGCUCGGUGCGAUGGUGCUGUGUCCAUUCAUUGACUAUCUGAAUCACGGACCGACUGGUGCUGGAGCUGAGGUAAAUUUGGUCAAGGGUAAGGGGUAUGUGCUUGAGGCAGAAAGAGAUUACGGUAUGUUGUCUGCUUCUUUUCUUCGAUUUGUUCGAUGA